CAGGAUUUACAUAUUUAUACCAUCUCUUUGCCCAUGUCCACAUCCCUCUCACUGAGUCUGAAGAGGAGCCUUGAGAAAGAGAACCGAAUCGUUUUCUUAACCUUCACGCCUCACUCACCUUCCUUUCUCUCUCUCCCCUACUCAUCAGUUCUGAUGAACGCCCUCCCUCUCUAUUUGCUGCUCUGAAAUACGAUAAAGUUUCGUUACUCCAUUCAUCUUUCGCUCCACGUCUCCUGACACCUUGUUUCAUUCAAACACACUCUCCCCCUUUUAAAUAAUCCAUAACUUCUCGCCUCCUUCGAUACCCAAUACAAAGUUGGUAACAAAGAACGCAUUACCUGGAAACAGGGGAGAACAGAGGUUUCCUGAGUGAGCAAACAGGGGAGCUUUUGAAUGGGUUCUUGCAAAGAAAACGAGCCACAGAUGAAAUGUGCUUGGGUUCUCGGACCCAUCAUCGUCGGUGCAGGCCCUUCGGGUCUAGCUGUCGCCGCUUGCUUAUCCCAGCACGGUGUCCCUUCCGUUCUGCUAGAGAAGAGCGAUUGCAUAGCUUCUCUUUGGCAGUACAGGACUUACGAUCGAUUAAUGCUUCACCUUCCCAAACACUUCUGUGAGCUCCCUUUAUUGGGCUUCCCGGAGGACUUCCCAGAGUACCCGUCGAGGCAACAGUUCAUCUCUUACAUUGAGUCAUACGCUGCCAGAUUUUCUAUCAAGCCCAGGUUCCGACAGUGGGUCAAAACGGCUGAGUUCGACUCGAGUUGUGGACUCUGGAGGGUUCGAACCCAGGACAUCGAGUACUUCUCCCGGUGGCUCAUCGUCGCUACCGGGGAGAACGCUGAGCCUGUAAUUCCUGAAAUUUCAGGGAUUGACAAGUUCCGUGGCCCUGUUAUGCAUUCAAGUGACUAUAAAUCUGGUGCAGAUUUUCAAAACCAAAAGGUUUUGGUUGUUGGGUGUGGCAAUUCCGGCAUGGAAGUCAGUUUAGAUCUAGUCAGUCACCAUGCAGUCCCUCAUAUGGUAGUUAGAAGCACUGUGCAUGUUCUACCGAGAGAGAUGUUCGGAUUAUCAACCUUUGGAAUAGCCAUGGCUCUUCUGAAAUGGCUUCCCUUAAGGCUGGUAGACAAGUUUCUCCUACUAGCAUCAAACAUCAUCAUAGGCAACACUGACCGAUUAGGCCUCCGACGACCCAAAACCGGUCCAAUUGAGCUCAAGAACGCGACGGGGAAGACUCCAGUACUGGACGUCGGAGCUCUAUCAGAAAUCAAAGCGGGAAAAAUCAAGGUGAUGGAGGGUGUGAGAGAGAUAACGAGAACAGGAGCCAAGUUCGUCAAUGGACAAGAGAAGGAGUUCGACUCCAUAAUCUUAGCGACAGGCUAUAAGAGCAAUGUCCCUUCUUGGCUCAAGAGCAGCGAUUUCUUUACGGAACAAGGGAUGCCGAAAACGCCGUUUCCUAACGGCUGGAAAGGAGAGAACGGGUUGUAUAGCGUGGGAUUUACGAGGCGAGGCAUCUUGGGAACAUCAUCAGACGCCGUUAAAAUCGCUAAAGACAUCGCUGCUCAGUGGAGGCCCAUUAAGGACGUCAACAGUACCUGCAACACCCAUAUUAUCCUACUUGGGAAGCCAUAAGAUUGAACUCUUCGGUUUGUCUCACUCACUCUAUACACACACGGGAUUGGAUUGAGAUCCGCUAAUCUUCGGGUUGGGCGGUUCAAACGGAUUCAGUCCUCGGAUCUUAACCAAUUUCCAUCGGAUCACAUCCUUGUUUUUCCUCUUUUUUAUUUUCCUUUUUUUUUGUAAAUUAUUACCCAAUUUUGCUUGGGAGGAGAUCUCUCCUGCUUUCCUCCUUGCGAUGUUCAUGAUAAAUUAUGUAUUUUUGUUGGCUUUAAUCUCUGUAAUAUAUUAAUUUGCAAAUAGAGAAAAUUUUCUCUCUUCA